UUAAGACGUGUGCAUCAUCUUAUUAUAGCAAAGUCCACAUAGAUUUUACAACAAUGUAAUACGCCUACCCAUAUAUUAACAGCAGGAUGGAUCGAAAGACAAUAUUGAUUACCAUCUUAUGUGUUUUUGUGCACACUUUAAAAGUUCAGUCUAAAAAAACAAGAGAGGAAAUUCUAAACAAUUUAACAAGUGUUUCUACAUACGACAGAAACUACCCGGCUGGUUAUGAUGCACAUAUACCGAGUGACGUAAUUGCGCAACUAGAGAUUACAGAUGUGACAUCAAUAAGUGAACAAAAAAUGGAAUAUAAAAUGAUGAUAUAUUUGAGAAUGCAGUGGAGGGACAAAAGACUUGCAUUUAACGACCUCGCAAACUUCACAAGCAUCGACUUGAUUGGUGAUAUGGUCGACUUGAUUUGGACACCUGACGUAUAUAUAAGUAAUGAGAGAAAAGUUGAUCCUCAUUCAUUUGUGAAACACGAAGAACUUGCCUACAUUGAUCCUAAUGGGACAGUUACAUUUAGUAUGAGAGCUGCGAUGACUGGAAAUUGUAAAAUGAAUUUAAAUCAUUAUCCAUUUGAUGAACAGAUAUGCAAAAUUAGAUUCUCAAGCUACACAUUAACGUCGGACAAAUUGCUUUUACAAUGGUCUGAGAAUAGUGUACUUGCUGCAGACAUUGAUUUGACAAACUACAUGAUAGAAUUAGACGAUCAUUCAGAAGGUUUGGAAAAAAAGGAUAACAGAUCGCUUGUUGGAGGAGAGUUUUCCUACUUAAUUGCAAGUUUAAAGAUUGUGAGGAGGAGUAAAGCUUAUGGAUCUAUGUAUUUUGCUCCAUUUCCGGUAUUUUUUGUAAUCGCCUUGUGCUCAUUUGGGUUCAAGGAUCAAAGCGCUCGAGUUACAUUAUGUACUACUUCAAUUACGACAACGGUGUUACAAUGGAUAGCUAUAUACUCAAGAUUACCUCCUGUCUGGUACUUCACUUAUUUGGACGGCUGGGUAAUUUUCCACAUUGUCAUUAUUGGCACAAUCCUGAUGUAUCACGCGUGUUGGUAUAUGUACAUGCACACGGGCAAAGAUUCCAUCGAUGUCAAAGAUAUAGAAGAUGGAAAUACUGAUACAAAUGAUCAACAGAAAAAGCCAUAUUUUGAACCAGUAAACAAGACUCUUACUAAGAACAAAGUCGAAGCUAUAUCAGCCUCAGUAUUUCUAAUUUUGUAUGGAAUCGCUUGCAUUAUUCUUUUCUAUUUUUGGGCUGAUUUGCCAAAUGGUAGGUGGGCAUUCGCAUUUUUAACAAUUUUGGCGCCUAUUGUUCUGUUACUGCUCGUAUAUUUAGUAUUUGUUGUACUGAAAUGGUGUAUUUCAAAACUGAGUAUUUGUUUGGUUUUUAUUGUAGAUUCAUACAAAAAAUGUUGUCAAAAAAUGUAAAACGUGAAGAUAAUAAGUUUGAUGGAAUUAUGGAAUUGACUGUAUAAUACUCCGUUUUUGUUGUUCUUUUUUUCAUUGUUUUUGUUGAUGUUCUUUUGGGUGUGUGUUCGCGUGUGUGCGUGCGUGUGUUUGCGCGUGUGUGUUGGUGCGUGUGCGUGUGUGUGCGCGUGUGCGUUUUUUUUUGUAUUUUGUUUUGUUUAUUUUGCUCGUCAAAAACUUAUCGUAAUGAAAGGAAGAAUUAGGCAAAUUAUGGUUUUGGGAAAAGCAAUAUAUAGUUACAUGUUAGCUUAUUUCCUCUUUCGUAAUUAAUACAGAAUUUUUAAUAAUUGACAACACUCAAAAUGAUUGCAUCUCUAAUUUAACAUUAUACCUGUUUAAUUCCAGCAUAUCAGAAGGUGUAUAUUUAUAAACAAUUUUAGAAAAUGUGAGCCUUCGAAAAGUCUUUGUAUCAACAGCAGCUAAAAUUAUUCAGGACUCCGUUUUUUUAGUUAAAGGCCCACUAUGCAUCAGAAAUGUUAUCAUUUCGAAUUCUCAAAAACUAUUUUUAUUUGGUAUCUUGUUUCAGUCUCCAAAAACAUACUCAUUUGCUAUACACAUUAACUAUAUUUUGCAUCUUUAGUUCUGUUGGCAUUUGGUAUAAUUCAAGUGAAUUAAUAUUUUGUAUUGAAGUCCAAAUGCUACUCUUUACAUUUUGCUACCUUUACGACACAUAACUACAUGCCCUGUGCAACCUUUUCAGCAGAAGAUCAUCUAACUUGACAUUUCUUGAGAAUAAAAAGAAAUAUGGAUUCCUGAGGUAUAACAUUCCUUUAAGAAAUAAUAAUCAUCAAUUUAUUUUUCAUGUUUGCCUUUCUGAAAUAUUCGAAUCACUAAUUUUGCUUGUUCAAUUCUAAAUAUGUAGAGAGCUCUACCUAUCCAUAUUGUAACAGUAAAUUUAUACAGAAAGAAAUGAUCGUGCUGAUUAUGUAAAAUAAGAAUGAUUUUAUAAAGUAGUUCGACUUGAGUUAUGAAACAAGAAGUGCGUGAGAAAUUAAAAUUGCUAAAAUGGUGUGAUUUUAUUUCGCUUAAUAUUUGAGGUAUACAUGUAUUAGUCAUUUUUUAUUAUUAUUUUUUUAAUUUUAGUGUGUUCGUAUAGUAAGAUGAUUGCAAUGAUUAUUGUGUGAGAGUGUGAACCCAGCCUAUAUAUAUUAUAGCGUCAUUGUCGAAGAUUAUUUUUGUUAUGUUUAAAAAUAAAAAUAAAGCUUCUAUCCACCCUAAGUCUAUUAUUCAAAGAAGUAUUUCCCCCGAAUAAUUAAGAAUUGUAUCUUUAUGUAAAUGACCCAUAUUUAAAUAAAUAAAUAAUUAUCAGUUUAGUGUUUUGCUUUCUAUAAUAUGCGCAUACCUACUGAUAUAAGAGGGUUAACUCACCGUUUUUUCGUACGUUAAUAGAGUGUGAGAGGGCAUUUAAAGCCAAUCAUCCAUUCAGUUUUUCUUUUUUCUAUUUAACGUGAAAGAUUUUUGUUUCUAUUGGCUUCUUUUCAGAUAAUAUACAACUAUAUUUAUAGUGGUUCAAUGUUUCCUACUUGUAUACGGCAUGAACACCCUUAGAAUGUGUUGCCUGCUUUUAAAUGUUGUCGUAUAGCAUCUGUGGAUUUCUUUUUAGUGUCUAUGUCUCGCAAUUUUAUCUGCAACAUACAGGUUUCAAAACCUCUGAUCCACUUUAAAAAUUUCGUAUAUUUAGUUCCGACAAUUGUUUACUCGUUUAGGGCACAUACGUUUUUUUUUUUUACUUUGGGACCUAACGAAUGUGCCAGUUUCUAUGGUAACAAACGUUUGACCACAUCUGCGGAUGCUACUAAAUUCAAAAUUCCAACUAUUUCAAGUUUAAAUGUUGAAUUAUGCUUAAGCCGGUGUUAUGGGCCGUGAAUGGUACUAGUAGCUUGCAAUUAUCACGUCUAUACAUGAACAGGCUCGUUUUGGGUGUCCGUUGAUCUUUGU